AUGGAUCUCUUCUCAAUCGUCAUCGGCACCGCGCCAGCUCCCGACGAUCUCUCCCGUCUGACGAUUUGCCCCUCCACCCCGCAGAGCGUCGGCGUUGGCGCCUUUCACGUUCGACGGAGCAGCUUUUCGUACCACCGGCUCCCCGAACAUCGGCUCUUGCUCUCUGUCCUCAAGCUCGAUGGCACCUCCUUCGAGGUUAAGAUUGCUGUCACGGCGACGGUGGCAGAGCUGAAGAUGGCAGUGGAGGAUGUUUUUAGGGAUCAUACGGAGGAGGAUGGAGGGAAAAUUUCGUGGACUCAUGUUUGGGGCCAUUUUUGCUUGAGCUAUGAUGAUUAUAAAUUAGUGGAUGAUAAAGCGUGUUUAAAGGACUAUGGGAUUAAGGAUUGCGAUCAGCUUCGUUUUGUUAGGCAUCUUCAAGUUACUAGUUCAACCAAGAAGCUGUUGCGAUUAACGGGGCCAGAAGAGGGUACAGAAAUUAGAGGAGAUAAUCACAACAAUAAGGUGGAGGAUGUCAGUCCGAGUAGCAGUCAAGGCGAGCAGUGUGGUCUAAUUGAUGCAUGUAAGAAAGAAGAUAAAGAAAAUAUGGCAGCAGCGAACAGAGAGUUCAGAUUAGCUGAUUUUUUUCGAACUUGGCUUUCUUACUCCAAAAGAUCAGAAAAGUCCCCAAAGCCUGGCAAAUACUUUUAAGGAUCAGAUACAGGAAUUUCUCGGUGCCUAUUCCUUUUAAAACUAAUUUUUCUUCGCAUCGUCAACGUUUUUUCCCCCCAUUUCUUCAUCUCCUUGUUGCUGUUUGAGGUGAUGGAGAUCUUUGAGCUAGUGUAAUGGAUUAUGUGCUUUAUAUCAUUCUAUAUCAGUUAAAUAUGCAGCAAUGUGAGAACAUUUAGAAUUAGAAGUUGAAAUGUUGAGGGAGUUAGCUUCUGGCAGUUGGAAUCAGGAUUUGUUAAUUGUUUCUGUGAAUAAAUUGUCUAUUGUUUUA